AUGGCAGAUCCCAGCACAUACGAUUUCUUCAAGCUCAACGCCCAGCGUCUGAAGCCGGACCCGUCGAGCAACUCUUCAUCCUCCAUCGACCAUCGCUUGUUCUCUUGCCUCUACUGCAACCGUAAGUUCUGCACUUCGCAGGCACUCGGCGGCCACCAGAACGCGCACAAGCGGGAGAGGGCCGCCACCAGGAGAUCACUCACGGCCGCCGGCGGAUUCCCCUGCCAUCCGUCCGCCGCCGCCUUCGAGAUCGACGGGCCGACGCCGCCCUACUCGUACUGGCUCCAGCCUCCGCUGGACGGCGGAUCUGGUACCGCUCCUAUGGCCGGCGUUUUCGGCGGCGGCCGCCCGGUUUCGGAGCAGUUCCGGGACGAGGCGCCGGAGCAUGUGAACCUGGAUCUCACGCUCCGGUUGUGA